AUGUCUGCCCCAGAAACCAAAUUCGCACCUACCCAAUCCUCCUCCGUCCUCGGCGGACAAAUCGUCGGUCGUACCCCUCGCGAGGCUGCUCCUCCUGCCGCCUUGAAGCUCCGUCUUGACCUUAACCUCGAAGUUGAGAUUGCCAUCCAGGCAAAGGUUAAUGGUGACAUUACCUUGUCGCUCCUUAAAUGCGCUGUUGCGUAUGAGGAGAUGGUGUUGGGUGUGCAGUCGUCGUUUCGAGGCGGUGAUAGCCCCUAUACCUCAUCUUCCCUCUUCCCUGUCCAACGCCAACCUCUUAGUCGUAUUUAG